CCAGCGCGCGCUCGUGGAGCCCUCGUAUAAAAGCAGCAGCUCUCAGGUGAUCCGCGGUGGAGCGUCCGUGCGCCCUCCUCAUCCUCCGUCGCUGCUGUUGCUGCUGUUGCUCCCAGCCUGACAGGAGCGGAGGAAAAACCUCACGACUCAGCACCCCCACCCCUCCUCCUCUCUGUGUAACCUGUAAACCUGCGGGCUGACAGACAGGGCCACGCUCGGCGCUGCAGAGCAACUCCGCUGCGCUCCGGUGUCAGCCGGGAUCUUCUCUUGCUCUGCGGAAUUCAGACUUCUUUCUCACCGAUCCGGGAGCCGAUGAGCCACUUUCUGCAGCCGUGUGUGUGCUCCUCUGCGCCCCGCUGAGAGAACUGCAGAUCUUCCGUGCGCAGCUGUGGUGCUGAUGCUGAUGCUGAUGCACGCAUCUUGAUGGAAACAAAUCUUCCUCCUGCUCCUCUAAAGAGUCUGGCUUUCUUCUCCAUGUGAGUGAUGGCGACACAACCGAACCAAAAGUCCGCGACUCCUUCUCCCGGGUGGGCUGUGCCACAGACGCACGCGCUCCUGCAGACCAGCUGAACUGCGGCGGCGCUCCGACACACUUUCUGCAACCUUUGUUCAGCCAUGGACCUCAAAGUGGAGCCCGAGGAGAUGGACUCGAACCGACCUCCGCCCAUAGAAGUUUUCGCGCACAGCUCGACCCUGCACGGCAUCGCGCACAUCUUCACGUACGAGCGCGUGUGCAUCAAGCGCUGCCUGUGGCUCCUGCUGUUCCUCUGCUCCCUGACGCUCCUGCUGUACGUCUGCGUGGACCGGAUCCACUAUUACCUGGAGUACCCGCACGUCACCAGGCUGGACGAGGUCGCGACCCCGAUCAUGACGUUCCCCGCCAUCACCUUCUGCAACCUGAACGCGUUCCGCUUCAGCCGGGUCACGCGCAAUGACCUGUACCACGCCGGGGAGCUGCUGGCCCUGCUCAACCACAGAUAUGAAAUAAGAGACGUGCACCUUGUGGAGGAGAGCGUUCUGGAGAGUCUGAAGGUCAAGGCGGACUUUCACAAUUUUAAACCGCGGCCCUUCAACAUGAGGGAAUUCUACGACCGCACAGGUCACGACAUUAGAGACAUGCUGCUGUCCUGCCACUUCCACGGCACAGAGUGCAGACCAGGGGACUUCAAAGUGGUUUUCACUCGCUACGGGAAGUGUUACACCUUCAACGCCGGCGGUGAUGGACGGCCUCCUCUCAUCACCACCAAGGGAGGCAUGGGAAACGGCCUGGAGCUCAUGCUGGACAUCCAGCAGGAUGAAUACCUGCCGGUCUGGGGAGAGACAGCAGAUGAGACUUCAUUUGAAGCCGGGGUCAAAGUUCAGAUCCACAGUCAAGACGAGCCGCCGUCAAUCGAUCAGCUGGGUUUUGGAGUGGCGCCCGGCUUCCAGACAUUCGUUUCUUGCCAGGAGCAGAGGCUAAUCUAUCUGCCCCCGCCGUGGGGAGACUGUAAAGUCACCCCCAUGGAUUCAGACUUUUUCGACAGCUACAGCAUCACAGCCUGCCGCAUUGACUGUGAAACACGCUACCUAGUGGACAACUGCAACUGUCGCAUGGUGUACAUGCCGGGCGAUGCGCCUUACUGCUCCCCGGAGCUGUACAAAGAAUGUGCUGACCCAGCUCUCGAUUUCUUGGUGCAACGAGACAAUGACUUCUGUGUGUGCGAGACGCCGUGCAACAUGACCAGAUACAACAAGGAGCUGUCUUUUGUCAAGAUCCCCAGCAAGGCGUCUGCAAAGUAUCUGGCGAAGAAAUACAACAAAUCCGAGCAGUACAUUAAAGACAAUAUUCUCGUAUUGGACAUCUUUUUUGAAGCUCUCAACUAUGAAACGAUCGAACAGAAGAAAGCAUACGAAGUGGCUGGACUUUUAGGGGAUAUUGGCGGUCAGAUGGGGCUUUUCAUCGGGGCGAGCAUUCUGACGAUUCUGGAGAUAUUUGACUACCUUUAUGAGGUGAUAAAGUACAAGCUGUGUCGCUGCUCUGAUAAGAAGCACAACAACACCGACCAAGGAACCGUCCUGAGCUUAGAUGAUGUCAAGUGUCACGUCAGUAACUUUCACUGAGCCUCUGCCGCCUGAGCAGCGACCUCCUCCAGGACUUUGUGGACUGCUGCAGCAGCAGAGGAUGUGUGAGGGGACUGUGCCUUGUGGAGGUUUGUGAGUACGUGAUCCACCACGAGUGGACGGCUGUUAUCGACACGUCGUGGCGGUGGAAAAUCUGCAUGGUCAUCUGUAAAACAUCUUUUCCUGGACGGUGACAGAAACAGUUAACAGGGCAUGAAGGGAAUGAGUGAAUUGCGUGCUCAGCAUUUCUGUGGUUUUCGUCGUGUGUCAGUUCAGUCGUGCUUUAUGUGGAAGUACUGUUCUUCAGCAGAAAUGCUCUCACCACACUGGCUCGUUUAUUUCCAUCACACUUUCUUUAUUUUCAUUCAUCCAUCUUCAUCUUCAGUCUGUCUCCCCUUGUUAAUCUCAGUGCGUUCUGCCAAUACUCUGUACUACCUCAUCUCUCAAGGAGGACGGAACCACAGACAACCCAUGAGCCGUGCAAACGGAACAACAACAAGAAGGUCAUUUUUAUUAUUAAAACCAGGACGGCUGAGCUAAAGAGUAAAGCAGAAGUGGAAGCGGGCCAAAGUUUGGCCACUUACCCAGAAGCCCUUUGCAGUCCUGUACAGUUCUGUUCUACUCUGACUUAUGGGAUACCGUACCGUACUGUCCUGAGGCUGUGGUUCCACCUGCACCUGGAUUGCAACAUGAUCAAACUGCAGCUUGUUGAAAGUUACACCACAAAUUGAUGUUUUCCCCCAAAACAGAAAUCACACAGAGCCUUCACCAACACCAACUGCAGGUUGAGUAUGUUUACGCAUUUGAUUUCAGCAGCACUACCGUCGCCUUGAUAUACUCUUUUAUUGUUGUUCUGAUAGAAGUGCCACAAACAGGAAGACAUCCAUAUUCAACAAUCAGCCCCGCCCACUCUGAAGUUGGAUUCUAAGGUAACUGAAAUUGGACUCAAACCACGGUCAAAACACCAAACAGAGGAGUGCAGAACGAAACCACACUUUGAAAAAGUGACUCACAAGCCAUGUAUACGAGGCAAGAACAUGCUGAAUACUAGUUUUUAAGCUCCCUUUUUAGCAUUUAGUCUGUCACUUUAUUACCAUGUGCUCACAGUUAGGAGAGGCUUGGUGUGAAUCGUUGAAACGAAUCUUGCUCUUUCACUCACAGCUGGAUUUGUUGUUCCCCUCAUGCGUUGCCACAGCGUUUGGGUUUGGCAGAGCUUUACGCCGGAUGCCCCUCCUGACACAACUCUGUAUGGUAUCUGGACUGGGGACCGGCACAGGGAAAUCCCCCCUGUUGCUACUUAGUUAUGCAGUAGCGUGAAUGUUCUUGCCUAAGGACGCUCAUGGCGUCCCCUGUGAAACAAACCCUGGUUUCCCAUGCGCCAGACCUACAUGCACCCAACUGAGCCAUUCAUCCUUGGCUUUGAUGGUCAGAAAAGGUUUCAGUUUUCAGGCUGAAUUGGAAAACAUUCAAACUGAGGCUGCUGUUAUUGAACAGAUAUGAGGAGAAUGUGCUGAGUCUGCCGUGUCUUUAGAAAGGUUUGCCUGGGAUGGUUGGAAAACAAGCAGAACAGUGUCCAUUAAGAACCUGGAAUCUCAUCAACAUAUUUUAGGAGUUUUUUUUCUCUCAGCUUCUUCAUUAGAACCACAGAAACCAGGAACCAAAUAGCAAUCCAGUUUGGGGAAACUAAUAACUGCAGUUCACAGAAGAAGCAGUUAAAGGCUCUGAAAGCAUUUUAAAACGAUAAGCUAUAAGUGUGAAUAUUUUAGGUGCACAUCAUUACAUGUUUGCAACUGGUAUCAUUUUUAAUUUAUUGAGGAAGCCUUUAUCAGCUCUGUCCUCAGAGAGUCCAAAGUUUCAUGUUGUCCUUUGAGUAACUUACUGCAGGGAUGUUCAGUCUGAAACAAUCAAAGGACAAAGCUCAUUUCAUUUGGUGCUUAAAGAGGACAGACACUUCUUUAACUUAAAGAUUACUCCCUCCUUGGAAAUCAAAUGAUGUGGAUCACAGAACUCAUUUCUGAUAUUUUUACACUGAUGUCACCAUGGGUUCUUAUGGGUUAAAUUAAAAAUGUCUUUGAAAUAUUAGUUAAAACAUCAUAUUGAAAACUAAUUCUUUAAUGUUUACAAAAAUUUGCAGUGAAGAAGAAUAAAAACAUAUUUAUUCCUAAAAAGGAGGUUGACCAGUGUUGGGUUUGUAAUACAAAGAAUAAUGUUAUUAUGACUUUGUAAAACACAUUUAAUCCUAUAAUAUUGUGUAUAAAAGGUCAGUGCAGGAAAAACAACAAAGAAAAGUCAUUUUUCCAGAUUUCCAGACUGGAUUCUCAAGGUCUUUGAUUUUUUUCCAUCAUUUCUUUGUUUACAUUCUCCCCCACUAGCUUACAGCCCCUCACAACCCCAAGAUAACAUUAACAGUGCAACAAAAAUGGAGGUAUCCAGUCGCACAGUUUUGAUCCAAAUGCCAGCACGUAAAAAGGAAAAUGAGAACGUUAGAAGAUCUAUUUAUCUACAGGAGGAUGCAUCAGAAUGGAGCGGAAUAUUAAGCUUGCAGCCCGCCGAUUUUACUUUGAAUGUAGCAGCUGCAAGCUUUUUCAAACUUCAUCUGCUCCUAACUCACCAUUUGAAUAAAUAAAAUACUCAGAAAGUUGGUUUUAAUUUUAAUUUUCUUUAUAUAUGCCCUCCAUCAUGAGAAAAAUGUGACAA